AUGAAGAGAGUAUCGCGAGAUAUUGCCGUUCCGGCGCUAUGGUUUUGGCUAUGGAACGGCUACGCUAUGGCACAAACCUCGUCGAGGGUUAUGUCUCUCUCGUUACAAGGCCAACUUCCACCGCUCACAUUACCGGCCGACUGCUUAACCACAAGUGUCUACAGAGCAGAAACUGAAAUUAACGGUAUUAACGACGAGAUUUACUAUACGAGUUCUACACUUGUUCAAGGUUGUAUGACGGAUGAUCCGCGUUCGACGUGCUGUCCGAAUUACGAGUCUGCUGGAAGUUAUGGUGUAUACUACUCACCUGGUGUCUGCCCAGACGGGUAUACGACUCUGGACUUGAAUAUUAUUGUUCAGGCCUAUUCAUAUUCCAGCUUUGAUGAGAUAAAACUGGGGUUAAAGACUGGAAAGGCUUGCUGCCCAAGCGUUGGAACACCUGUUACAUAUGAUCUUUACUCAUACGGUCCUUCAUGUCUUUAUUCAGAGACAACCUCCUAUUCGACUAGCGACGCAGUUGGUCCCAAAGUAAUAUCCACGUCGAGGUACUGGUCCGCCUCCGCCUACAUAAUUAUUCCAGGCACCGAUUUCACAACCACCUUCGCAUCACCCACUGCGGCUCCAGAAUCAGAUGAACCAGAAUCAACCUCAGCAGAACCCGGUCAAACCGUUCCCACCCAAAGGGCUACAACAUCGGCUGCUGGGACCGGAGGAGGCGCGACCUCAACAGGGCCGAGGAACACAUCAAGUCCCACCAACACAUCUGAACCAGCGCCCCAAACUUCUACUGGGAUGCCGAUAGGCGCUAUUGCAGGAAUUUCGGUUGGCGCAGUAGCAGCUUUAGUCGGGCUUGUUUUUGCAGCUUAUCGACUUGGAAGGCGGAAGGGAGGUGCUAACUCUCAAGUCCCUGGUGACUUUCCCUCUACAAGACCGCCGCAAAAUCCACAUGGUAUGGGAUUCUCAGAAAUUGGUGGAGAAAGUAUCCCUCUUGGAAAAGUGGGAGGUGCGGGGCCGGCCCCUGCUUACAGUGGCGUACCAGAAAUCGAUGGAAGCCAAUACAAAGGAUACGCCCAGCCCGCAUAUCCAGAGAUGCCGGCAAACCCCUAUCAAGGAUAUGUUCCAAACAAGUACCCAGAACUUGAUGGAAACGUAUACCAAGCUCAGGGACCGGAUAGGAAUAGAUAUCAAGAACUUGAUGGGGCUGGCAGAUAG